GCUGCCUUACCCUGCAGGCGGCGGCGCUGCCCGGCGGGGAGCGAGGGCUGCCGGGAAGGCGGCGGAAACAUGGCGGCCGGGGGCGCGGAGGGCGCGGGCUGGCCGGCCCUGCUCGGCGCGGUGCCCGGGGCUCCCUGCUGCCCGCACGGUCCCGCUCUCCUGUUCGUAAAGACCAGCCAAGGAAAAGAGGAGGGAAGGAGGUUUUAUGCUUGUUCGGCUUGUAGGGAUAGAAAAGAUUGUAAUUUCUUCCAGUGGGAAGAUGAGAAGGUGUCAGAAACUAGGCUUGCAGCACGUGAAGAAUAUAAUAGAAAUCAUCAGCCUUCUUUUACACACAGACAGAAUGUGGAAAGGUACAAGAAUUUUGUUCAGUUGCCAUUAUCAAAGAGGAGGUUUUGCCAGGAAUGCCAGCAAUUGCUAUUGCCAGCAGAAUGGGAAAAACACUCAGAUCACCAGUUCCUGUGUGAUAUCUCCACUGCUCAGUUAAAAAGUCCCAGUCAACUUUUGUAUCCAUUGGAGAAUAAAAAAACAAACGCACAGUAUUUAUUUACAGACAGAAGUUGCCAGUUCCUACUGGAUCUUAUUAUUGAUUUAGGAUUCAGACGAGUGCUCUCUGUUGGAACACCCAGGCUUCAUGAACUGAUCCAGUCGUCCGCAUCACAAGAAGAAGAUUUCAGGGUUAGAAGCCUUCUGCUAGAUAUUGAUUUUAGGUAUUCACAGUUUUACACAGAAGAUGAAUUCUGCCACUACAACAUGUUUAAUCAUUAUUUUUUUGGUGGAGAGGCUGCACAUGAAACUUGUAGGAAAUUCUUACAUCAAGACAAUGGUGAAAGACUCAUUAUGGUAACUGAUCCCCCAUUUGGAGGUUUAGUGGAAGCACUGGCUUCUAGUUUUAAAAAGCUGAUGGCAAUGUGGAAGGAGACAGAAAAAGAAGGUCCUAACAACCAAGAGAUGCCAGUGUUCUGGAUAUUUCCAUACUUCUUUGAGUCUCGUAUCCUGGAAUUUUUCCCAAGCUUCAGUAUGAUGGAUUACCAGGUAGACUAUGAUAAUCAUGCACUUUAUAAACAUGGCAAAACAGGUCGUAGACAGUCCCCUGUUCGUAUCUUCACGAACAUCGCCCCAAGCAUGAUUGUGCUUCCUGUGGAAGAGGGUUACAGGUUUUGUGCUAUUUGUCAGCGGUAUGUUAGUUCUGGUAAUCAACACUGUGAGAUUUGCAAUUCAUGUACAUCAAAAGACGGCAGACGAUGGAAACAUUGUGUUCUUUGCAAAAAAUGUGUAAAACCCUCUUGGUUUCACUGUAACGUUUGCAACUGCUGUGCCCUCCAAACCCACACUUGUGAGAAGGCUGACGCGGGCUGUUUCGUCUGUGGCAAGGCUGGUCACAAACGCAGUGCCUGUCCCAGCCUCUCCCGUGCCAGAACAGCUUGCCAAGCUGACAAAAAGCAAAGGCAGAAAAUUCUAAAGAGGGUGAAGAUGGGGAUUUGUAAAAGCUCAGCUAUGAAGCAUGCCAUAUUCUUCAGGAAGAAAGUGAAGAAUAAGAAAAAAAAGACAUGAUUUUGCUUGCUUGGUACACAGUGAAUUUUUUAUGGCCAGCCUUUGAUUCCAUUUUCUAAAAAAAAUGUUAAAAAUAACAUCCAAAAUAAAACCUGAUUGAUUUAAA